AAAGGCAGAGAGAUAGCGACAAAGACCCGCUGGAGCAGAUGCAGAUGCUGAUAGGAUGGCUUACAAGUAGGUAAACGAUGUAGUUUCAAUUAAGGAUGCUCCGGGAAGAUGGCAACCGCGAAGAAAGAGACGGCUAAGGGUGUGCUUGCCUAGCUGAUGAAGUCGCUUUCCUUUGAGCCGGGGUCCAGGAGCUAUCCUGCCACCGGGAUGCACAUAUCCUUGCCGAGUGAGCGAUGGCUGAGGAACGAGUGGCACUGGAACACGAGAUGGGCGAAUGCGUCAAACUGAACUUGUACCACUAACCCAGUUAGCAGCGCCACGGAACAUUCGAACCUGGAACACCCGCUGAGCAUGCUACUACGUGCUCUCCAUGUAUCGUCCUGCGCAUCCUGUUUCCUGUUGCGAACACACCCGACCAAAUCCGAGUCCCAGCCGAGGCCAAGCCGUAGCCGAAGCGCCCCAGCGAAACGAACGGAAAGUGGACCGUGCUGCGGCAGAGGUUCGAUGGAGCAGUUUGAGCGAAAUCGCGUUGAACCCCCAAAUGUUGAGACACAAAUGCCCGCCAGAAGCGAGCUUAUCGGGCGAGGGGAAUUUCGUUAUCAUCACAGCCCGGCAACAAAACGUUUUCGACAAGGUUGGCUCGUGCCUGAUCCCAGCGAUCCCACAGUGGGUCCACAAGCUAGUCGCCGGCAUGACGCCUCCCUUUGGCAGCUGGAGCUGCCUCUGCCUGUCCCUGAUCUGGCUGCAGCUGAGCCUCAUCAACGCCGGCCUGGAGUUCCUGCGCGUGGGCGUGCCCUUGCAGCUGGUGCGGCGCCGGGAGCUGGAGGAGGAGGAGCGGCCCAUUGAGGGCGAGUGCACCCUGGGAGCCAUUAGCGUUCGAAUGUUCGCCUUCUGAUGGGUUCUUAUCGGUCAAUUUUUGGCUGGUCUUUGCACGCUUUAUGGGCCUCUUAACUUUGAUAAUAAUUAAACAAAAUAGUAUGUGUCGAGAUAUGUCACUAAGUUUAGUUGUUGUAAAUAUAAAGAACCAUGUUCAACGAGACUUACUACAUUUUAUAAGAACUACUUAAGAAUACAAUAAAAAAUAAUUUGAUACCUAAAA